ACUGGGACAAGUUUCCAUGUGUUUGACCAGGGACGCUUUGCCAAGGAAGUUUUGCCAAAGUACUUCAAACACAAUAAUAUGGCGAGCUUUGUUCGACAGCUCAACAUGUAUGGUUUCCGUAAAGUGGUGAACAUUGAGCAGAGCGGUCUGGUGAAGCCUGAGAGAGACGACACAGAGUUCCAACAUUUAUACUUCCUUCAGGGACAUGAACACAUGCUUGAGCACAUCAAGAGGAAGGUAUCUAUAGUGAAAAGUGAGGAGACCAAAGUUCGUCAGGAGGACCUCAGUAAACUGCUGUAUGAAGUCCAGCUUCUCAGAACACAACAGGACAACAUGGAAUGUCAGAUGCAGGACAUGAAACA